UUCAAAAGUUGAUCGCCUUCCCUUUAGCAUUCUGAUUUUGCCCACUUGAGUCAAGCUCUAGGCAUCUGUAGCUCGCUAUCUAAAUGACAAGAAGGCACAUUCCAUGUGUUGAUCACCCACUUUCACCUGAUGCAACCGAAUCCAUACCCCCUCCUCAUAUACUAGUUUCGCAGAAUAGUACCCCAGAAAUAACAUUGUCCAAAUGGACACAUGCUUAUAGACGAAAAUAUCCUCACCAACCACUGAGGAGAAAUUCCGACGACAGCAUAUUUGUACAAGCUAUAAUUCACAAAGUGAAAAAGAAUGACACUGUUGCUGGCAUCGGUUUGUUUUAUGGCAUCCCGCUUUCAAAGCUCAAAAAAGCGAAUAGAUUAUGGACAAAUGAUUCUAUACAUGCAAGGAGAAUUCUAUAUAUCCCUCUGAAGGAUUGUCUGUCGCUCACAGAUUAUACCAUCGAUAAAGAAGCACAGACCAUCACAUUUUACAAAGCGCUGCCGAAUGUCCCCCUUCAUCAUACGCAAUCACCGUUUCCCAAUGAUGCUACUUGGCGACAUAUAAUGAAGGUGCCACUUGAUGUUGACGACGAUUCUCAUACCCUACCAGCCCCUGCACAUGAUCGCUCCAGACUGCCUUCUUUCGGAAUUCCAUAUUCUGAUGACCCAUCCUAUCAAGAAACAGGAUCUGAAUCCUCAUUUGGUUCAUCGAGCGACUCAUCGUCAUUUACGAGGUCGCAGUUAUCCAAUGGAACACAAUCACCGACGCUUUCAUCUUUUCAUAUAGUAGAAUGCACUGCAGAUCUCGUCAAUGUCAAAGCAUCUGAGUUAUCCUUCUUUGCGCCACCUCAGCAUCAGCAAGCAUCAUCUUGCCCAUCGACCCCUCCAUUGAAUUUAUAUAGCUCUUCAUCACCACCAUUGUCUGCAUACCAACCUUUGAAUGGGCACGCCAAAUCAUGGAUGGACGGGAUAAGGACCAGUCUUGAAAGCUUGCGUUCUCCCAGCGAUACUACGAAUGAGCAUAAACUCACCGUUUUUUCCAUCAAUGGACAGCCAGAAAAGAAGGACGUAGAAUGGCGAUGACUCCUUUUUACCUAUAUGCCAUCUAACCCCCGUGGAUCCAACUUUUAUUUCCCUUUUUUGUAACCCUAUUUAACCUAAGAUGCCAUGUUGGCUGAUUAGCAAUGGCUCACUGGCCAUGUGAGGCGAGACUGCUAGAGGAUUCAUUCGCAGACAUGACUUUAUCCCAAACUUGUUUCUUCUGCAGUCACUUUACCUCGUUGUAAAUUUCAUUAAUUCCCUUGACAUAAAACGAUUGACUGCUCAAAUCGGUCGGUAUACUUUAACUAUCACGCUUUAAUUUUUAUUAUGA